GGGCGAGGGCGAGAGCGGCGCCCCCGCCCGGGCCGGCGCCGCCCCGGCUCCCCCCGCGGGGCCCGGCGGGGCGGGCAGCGGGCCCGUGAGGAGGCGCCAGGCGCGGGGGCUCCGCUCGCGGCGGGCCCGGCUCCGGAUAAAUGCGGAGCGGCGGCGGAGCCUCGGCGGAGCGCGGCUCGGGGCGGCGGGGCAGGAUGCGCGGCGGGCGGCCCGCGGCGCUGCCGCUGCUGGCGCUGGCGCUGCUGACGGCGCACGGGGGAGCGGCGCCGCUGCAGCCCGGCGGGACCCCCGCGCUCACCAAGAUCUACCCCCGCGGCAGCCACUGGGCUGUGGGACAUUUAAUGGGGAAAAAAAGCACUGGAGAUUUUCCUUAUGGUUCUGAAGAAGAAAACAAGACGCCGUUUUCAGCGGUACCUGACAAUAUCAAGCAGCUGGAGGAGUAUCUGCAGUGGGAAGAAAUCUCAAAAUAUUUGCUAAGGCUGCUGGAAAGGAAUGAAAAUAAAAGUGGUCACUUUUUAAAAGGAGGGCUUCCCUGGUAUACCAGGAACACCUGGGAGACAGAUGACAAUAGCAGUUGGAAACAUAUGAUGGACUAUCUGCUUCAAGUUGUGAAUAUGAAAGAGAGCACUCCAAGCUGAAAGAAGAUCACUAAAUCAUGAAGAAAUUAAAUACUUUCUAUAAGAGACUUUAUCACAAGCACUUGAUUGUAUCAGAUAAUCAACAAGGUCACUUUUCUGUACACAAGAAUUCUUUUGUGUAAAGUACUUAAUACACAUAUUCUUGUAUGGUUCAGCAAGGACUAAAUCUUCAUCAAUUUUCAAGGUUGCAUUUUCUCAUUUGAAUGGCUUUGAGAUAUUGAGAUGUAUAUAUAUCUAUCUAUAUAUCUAUAUAUAGAGAGAUAUGUAUAUUUGCCACGGAAGGGUCUUCCAAUUAAUUAUAUUACUUAUCUAAUCAUUAAAUCUCUUAGUUCGAAACUACAUGACAUUGCAACAUUCACAAUAAAAAGUACCCA